ACCGGCUCACCGCGCCACCGUCAUGCUCCCCCUGUGCAACUGGAGCUGCUUUUCGGGGUGCCUGCCCACCCGGCUGCCCUCCAUCCUCCUGCUGGGACUGCUGUACGUGGUCUACGUCCUGACGGGAGGGGCGGUGUUUUGGAAGCUGGAGGGGCCCCCCAUGGUGGAGCAGAUGCGUAGCGCCAGGGAGGAGCUGGCGCGGCUGCAGAAGAAUAUGCCCUGCCUGAACGAGGAGACCAUAGUGAUGGUGGCGAAGGUGUUGCAGAAAGCCACCUCCAAUGGGCUGAGCUUGAAGGACAACCACACGGCGGACGGGGUCUGGAAGUUCACCACCUCAGCCGUCUUUGCCGCCACUGUGGUCACCACCAUUGGCUACGGAAACAUCAGCCCCACCACCACGGCGGGCCAGAUCUUCUGCGUGUUCUUCGCGCUGUUCGGCAUCCCGCUGAACGUGGUCGUGCUCAACAAGAUCGGCAAAUACAUGCUGGUCAUCGGCAGGAUGGUCAGCAGCCUGAUUGAGCAGAAGCUCAAUCAGAAGAGAGGCAUUAGUGUACUCGUCCACCUGAUCUCCUUCAUGUCGGGGGUGACCAUUUUCUUUGUGGUGCCCAUGCUGGUAUUCAAAGUGUUCGAGGGGUGGACAUACUCUCAGGCCAUAUACUACUGCUUCAUCACGCUCAGCACCAUCGGCUUCGGAGACUACGUCGCAGACGACAACCCUGAGAGAGUGUACCCGGACUGGUACGGCCCCCUGAUGGGGAUGUGGAUCUUUUUCGGGCUGGCCUGGCUGGCCCUGCUCAUAAACCACAGCAUCGAGCUCCUGGAGGAGUACAACAAGCAGUGGAAGGGCGGGGAGGGCAGCGAAGACGCGGGGGACGCGGGCGACGCGGGGGGGCAGGCCGACACGGAAACGGUGAUGACCGAGAUCCAGACGCCCGACGAGAACCCUCCGUGA